AUGCUUAACCAUUUUUUUUCCCAUCCAGCUCAAUCAAAGCAACCUAAGCCGCGACACCCCACUUUCCCGGCCCAGAGUUUCCUCAAUAGGUUCCCGGCCCCGGAGCUUCUCGAUCCCCCAAGCUGCCGCUUCGUGCGGAAUAAGGAUGUCUUUCUUCUUUUCGGUGUCGAACGGGAGAUAGAAAAAGUGAAUGUUUUUUAUCUUCAAAAGGAGGCAGAGUUCACGCUGCGCCUCAAGACGCUUCUCGAUAAGAAGAGGCUAAUACAGUCGAAAAAAUGGGUUACUAAUUCAAAGGCCCCAGCGAAUUUCGUCACCCUGUUCGAAGGUUUUCAACAGUUUGACGGGGACUUGAACAAACUUCAGCAAUUCGUCGAGGUCAACGAAACCGCCGUCUCCAAAAUUCUGAAAAAGUGGGAUAAAACAUCAAAGUCACGUACAAAAGAACUUUAUCUUCAUCGCGCCGUUGAAGUACAGCCGUGCUUUAAUCGAGAGGUUCUGCGAGAUCUCUCUGACCGAGCGACGACCGCAAGGUUAGAGCUUGAGGCUUGGGCGGAAGGCGAAAAUAUUCAGUUCGAUGCCUCACGCCUGGCUGAUCGCAUUGUUGCCGAAGAGGAUGAUUCCGACUUACAGAUCUUACAAACCACCGCUGCAGGUAAUUUUCAAACGUUGCGGGAAUGGGUUGCGAAGUUGCAGUCGUCGCCGGAUGGCGCGGAUCGACUCACACGUAUGUUCCUGGCUGCAAUUAAUGAGUAUCCCGAUGAGGUCCUUGCCCUUCUUCUUGGCACGGGUUUGGUGGACGUGAAUGCGGAAGAUGAUAUCAACGAGCGCAACUGUCUCCACGAGGCGGCGAUAUCAGGGCGCCUAUUUGUUCUCAUGGCCGGACUGGAGCGUGGGGUUGACGUUGCACGGUCAGAUGUCUACGGGAGGAUACCUCUUCACUAUGCCUGUAUGCAUGGUAGAGUGGAGAUGGUGAAACCCCUCCUCGAUGCAGGCAUUUGUACUAUUGACGCGAUGGAUCACGAUAAUUUCACCCCACUAAUCCACAGCAUCAUCCGGGAUCAGCUUCCCUGUGUGGAACAGCUCCUUGCCCAUAACGCUCGCAUAAACCCGGCAUCCGAGUCCGACCAUAUCCCGCUGAACCUGGCCUGCCAGCACGCAUCGCUACCAAUCAUAAACCUUCUCUUGGAGAGGAACGCUGAGUUACUCCCUGACGCAGAGGGUUUAUAUCCGCAGCAUCUCGUCGCGAGGUCAUGUCGAGCUCCAGAAGUGCUCCUUGUGCUAAAGAGCCAUGGAGCUGAUCUCGACCAAAAGGACAAACUCUACCAAUGGACCCCGAUUUUCCACGCGGCAAGUGAGGGGUGCGUUGGUUGUUUGAGAACUUUAUUGGAGUGCGGUGUAAAUCCCGAUGUUUUGGAUGAAAAGGGAUUAUCCGCUAUGUACUAUGCUGCAUGGGAAGGUCACCUAGAGUGCAUGAUAUUGCUCUGGUCAAGACGGGCAGGUUCAAAACCACCACGGACACCGCUGGAUAUACUCAAUGGCCCUAGAUUUCGAGAUUCGGGGUCGAUGACUUCCCCUCUCCUCGCUGAAAAAUCAGGAGGACUUAAAGCAGGCGACGGUGGUGACGGCAUUCCUCUUCUAUCUCUACCACCCCCGAUUAUUCCAUUACGAAGAUACGGCCAUAAUUUCCUUGACACAAAAACAUUCAUUCAAAUAUACUUUGAACAAACGCUGUCCUCAGAACCAAUUGUGUUUUACCAGGCCGGCCGUUAUGCUGCUGCACGAUUGACGAUUUCCUCCAAAACCUCAGAUCUUAUACCCCGAAACGUGAUGUUACCCAUUCAGGAUGACGCUCGACUUGUAUCAUUCCAGAUCGACCGUCUGGACACCUUUGCUCUAGAGUUUGAAAUUUUCCCUACUUUUGGAUCCAAGGUCAUCGCCAAAACUGUUGCUUUACCGGAUGUAUUUAUAGGUGGCAGGUUAUCAGAGGGGAUAUGUACCUUACCUCUUUUCGAUCCCAGGUUACGAGCAAUCGGUGAGAUACGCUUCAAGUUCCAAGCUAUCAAGCCCUACCACGGUGAUCCGCUGGAGAUUACACAUUUUGCUACUUACUGGAAGGCGACAAGCACCCUUGAUUCGGAUCACAAUGGACUGGUGACUGGCUCGAGUUUAUCAGGCGACUACGUCCAGGUUUUUGUCCAGUUGACCAAGGACGGCGUUCCCGUCCUCUACCCAGAGUUCACCGUUAACCAUCAUGGGAUCGACAUCCCCAUCUGCCGCCUAUCCUUCGAACAAUUCCGCGCUAUCCACGCCGAAUAUCUGGCCCAAACCAGAUCCGAGGACGCCGCCUUGCUUAAAUCCCUAGAAGAUAUGACGGUGGAUGACAUGGCGCAAGCGCAUAGAUUAUUAGCAACGUCCUUCCUCUCCCUAAAGGAGGUCCUCGAACACCUCCCCACAAACAUCCACGUAGAUCUAUGCAUCCUAUACCCCUCACCAGCCGAAGAGGCGAAACUUGGCCUUGGCCCACUGGCGGAUAUCAACACCGUCGCCGAUGCGAUUCUCACAGAUGUCUUUACCCAUGCCAGAGUGUCGAAGGAAACGAACCCGGAUUUUAUGCGCUCGGUCGUAUUCACCUCGUAUAAUCCUAAUAUUUGCAUUGCGCUGAAUUGGAAACAACCAAACUACCCUGUUCUCCUUUGCAACGACCUAGGCCAGAUCCGCGACCUGACACAGGAUGUCAGCUCGCUACCCGUUAUCCGGAGUAGUGGGCGCUCGUCAAUGUCCAUUAAGGAAUCCGCGCGGAUAGCCCAGAGCAAUAACUUCAUGGGCUUGAUGUGUCGUUCGAGUUUGCUAAACGUCAUGCCGUCCCUCGUCGAGUCGAUCAAGGAACUCGGCCUCGUCCUUGUCGCCGAUACAUCUGACGAGAUCUUGGACAAGACCCGUUUCGGUCUCGGUAGCGGUAAACUAGCCAGUCAUGAUCGUAAUCAUGAACAACAACAAGGUCGUGCUGGUGCUGGCGUUGGCAUUGGGGUUGGAGUUGGAGUUGGAGUGUCCGCGGAAUGGGCGUAUAAAAUGCCCGAGGGCGUGAAUGGGGUUGUGAGAGGUAAUGGUGUUUUGCGAUUUAAUGAUACGAUUGAUAUGUGACGUGAUGUGAUGUGAUGUGGAUUUAACUUGGAUCGGAUAUCCCCUAACCGUCCAAGAUCUUUUCAGCCCUCCCUUUUUUUAUUUUAUAUAGAGGGUAUAUAUAUAUACCACUCCCAAUAUUUGGUCGUUAUCCGAACUUAACUAUUUACUCAUGGGUAGAAUGUGGAGUAAUAAAUUCAUCGACUGUUUAUUCUCGCCUUCCUUCCUACGUCCUUUAUUGCGCUCUCAUCCACAUAGUCAGUCAUCCAUUGCUACAAGCCCACAUAUUUAUGCAUGUUUGAGAUAUGAGUGUACAUAUCUAUACUCCCAUGAUUUGUAAAAUUUUAAACACAGAUUCGGACUCCUCUGCCCAUCGUAGAAUAAAAUAAUGUGAUCUAUGUAGUAGUCGUAGUAGUAUACAAGAGGAGUUUAUAUGUUAAGACCCAAGCGGGGUGUCUAGAUGUGUGUGACAAGAUUUGUGAUGAUGAGAGAUUAUAUCAAUCGAAAAAAAGGGGAACCGGAACCGGGCCUCGGAAACAUAGAGAUGUUGGAAUCGGGGGGUGUCAAAGGGUGAGUGCCGUACGUGGGC